AUGGCUUCGGUGCAGUCCAACUGCAGCGCGUCCUCACGUCUGCAAAAGGAGUUUAUGGAGCUCAUGAUGGGGGGCGCCGAGGGUAUUUCCGCCUUUCCGCAGAACGAUAAUCUCUUCCACUGGAUUGGCACGGUGCAGGGUGUGCCCAACACUGUGUACGAGGGGCUGGAGUACCAGCUCUCCCUUGAGUUUCCUGCGAACUACCCGUUCGAAGCACCAGUUGUGCGAUUCCUUACACCGUGUUUUCAUCCAAACGUCGAUGCGUAUGGAGGGAUAUGUCUGGACAUUCUGAAGGAGAAUUGGAGCGCCGUCUACACCGUGUCGAAGAUUCUUCUUUCCAUCCAGAACCUCCUCGACAACCCAAACAAUCAGUCACCACUCAACAACCGUGCCGCAGCGCUGUGGGGCAAGAAGGAGGAGUAUCGCUGUGAGGUUCUCCUGGCAUACAGGGAGGCAACGUCGAAGGCUUAA